GCGGUCGGGCCGUACCGUCUGUCAGCAGAGGUCAAGGAAGGCCCAGGGGAUCCGAAGGCAGGUGGGGCGCUCGGGGCCGACGGUCGACGCGGCGUACAUCCGGGGCGUACCUCCGGGCGGUGCCGGUUGGGCAUCGAUCGGACGUCCGGGCGUCUGACGCGGCGGUGCCGCGGCCGCUCGCAGGUGCAGGUGUGCGCGGGUGCGUCGCCGGGGGGAGCGGGAGGGACGGAGGGCGCCAUGGACGGCAGCUCGGAGCCGCCGUCGGACGUGCAGGCGGUGGGCAGCGAGAGCGAGCCGCGAGGUCGGGAGGGCGAUGGCGGCCGCGGCGACUCGCCCCCGCCAUUGGCCGAGUCCGAAUUCCGGCCGGCCAGGAGCGCCGCCGGCUCGCUCCCGGGGUGUGGCUGCGUCGGCGUGCCCGAGGAUAUCACCCUCACCGUUACCCCAACCACCGGCGGCCAGUUCGACCUGACCAUCGACCGCGCCGAGACCAUCGAGAACCUCAAGAAGAUCAUCUCGAAGCGGCUCAAGGUCGCCAAGGAGCGCAUCUGCCUGCUGCACAGGGAAAGGCAGCUACGCGAUGGAACCCUAGAGGAGAACCACCUCCAGGACGGAAGUCGACUCACUCUCUUGCCUAGCGUGGAAACGGGGCUGCUGGCCCAGCGACCUGAGCAGAGCGUGAUGCAGGCCCUGGAGAGCCUGAACGACUCGCAAGUGAACGACUUCCUCUCCGGGAAGGCUCCCUUGAACCUGACGAUGAGACUAGGGGACCACAUGAUGCUCAUCCAGCUGCAGCUCUCAACAGUCACGCCGGCCACGCCGACCACGGGUGGGAGUCCGACAUCCGGGGCGACGUCGUCGGGAAGCAGUCCCGGGGGCGGGUCGAACACGUCCAGCCCCACGGGGGCGAGCUCCUCUACGGUGCAGUCGAGGCGGCCCACGGUCCUGGCCGCGAGGACGUCGAGCUCUGCCUCGGGGUCGUCGGGGUCAGGGAAGCAGCAAAAUGGCGCCUUCGUGACGUCUUCCCUGAUCAGCAGCCUGGCCUCGGCUUUGGCCGCCAGCACCGCCCUCUCCACGGCGACGAAAACGACGAGCUCGAGCCCAGGACCCUCGUCGCCGUGCUCGACCUCGACGUCGACCUUCUCCGCCUCGCAGUCUCCCGGACAGACGCGAGCCCAGUCUCCUCAGGGUCGGUCCGCCAGCCCGUCCAGGAACACGGGCACGACCUCGACGACGUCGACGACGUCUCCCUCGUCGUCGUCAUCCCCGCGGCAGUCCUAUCUCCUGCACCACCAUCAUCAUCAUCGCACCCACCACUUCCAUCGCAGCCACCAUUAUCACCAGCACCACCAUCACCACCACCAUCACCACUCGAGGAAGGUGCCCGCGGCGCUGGACCACCCCCUCGAGGCGCCCACCUCGCUGGGGACCUGUCCGGACCCCCUGGCUCUCGGAGAUGCUCCGAGCUCGCCCGCUGAGAAGAAGUUCUGCGACGCUCAUCAUCAUCCCCAGGUGGUCAGUUCUGGGUCCGAGGCUGGCAGGAGCUACGCCGACCUCGGGGCCCAGGGCUCCGCGACCUCGACCUCCGUAACCGAGACCGGCAAGACCGCCUCGUCCUCCUCCUCCGCUACCGCCGCCACCCUCGACACUCGCGCCCUCGCCGAGGCCUCGCGCAACCUCACCCAGAAGCUCAAGCAGCUCUCCUCUGAGGAAAACGCAAGGCGUCGCCAGGGCGCGAUCAUCGAGAGCAUGCACCAUCACGGGAAGGGCGUGUACUCCGGGACGUUCAGCGGCACCCUGAAUCCGGCGCUUCAGGACCGCUACGGUCGGCCGAAGCGGGACAUCAGCACUAUCAUUCACAUUCUGAACGACCUCCUGUGCGCCACGCCCGUGGCUACUACCGGCCAUUAUAGGGGCCACCACCACCGGCACACCGGGAGUCGCCAACAGUGGUCCUCGACGUCGUCCUCGGGCGUCACGGCCGCCACCGGAAACGGCGCGACGUCACCCGGCACCCACGACUCGACGAAUCCUGGUUAUUCGUCAGAGGAACUGUCGAAGGAGAACGAAGCCACCAAAGGAAAGAUGCGGCGACUGCGCCUCGUGAUGGAGCAGCGGAGAGCGAAGCGAAAAGCGAGACGGCAGGCCCGAGCCGCGCCCUACACGACCCAGUGGGCAGCCGUGACCCCUGACCCCGACCCGAACCACGACCCCAACACCACGUCGACCUCGACCGGAGGAGGAGGCGCGGCCGGGCCGAACGCCGCGGAGCCGCAGAACGAGCCCGAGCUUCAGCCUUGCAGCCCCGAGCCCGUCGUCGCUUGAAAUUGUCCAUCGUCCUGGUCCUCCGUCGACGGUCGGGACAACCUGGAGAAGUUCUCUUCGUGCCUCGUCCACCAGUGCGCAAAAUAUCUAAGGCCAUCUAGAUCCGACGAGAUCGAGGGGCCAAGACGCCCCGAGGCGCCAUCUUUGCAAUUCAGUAGCCUGGUGGCCGUCGUCGCUUGAAAUCGUCCCUCAUCCUGGUCCUCGGUUGAUGACGAAGACAGCUUCAAGGAGUUCCUCUUCCUGCCUCGUCCGCCAAUGUGCGAAAUAUCUAAGGACAUCUAGUUUCGACGAGGUCAAAAUGCAACGAGGCGCGAAUUUCCUGGGAUCCUAACGACCGAUUUCCAUGCCACGUCGUCGCUUGAAAUCGUUCCUCGUCCUGGUCCUUUGUCGACGGUUAGGAUAUCCUCGAGGAGUUCUUCUUGUGCCGUCUACUAGGGCGCGAAAUCUCUGAGGCCAUCUAAAUUCGACGAGGUCGAGGGGCUAAGACGCGCCGGGGCGCGAUCUUCCUGGGGUGUCCUCGCGACCGAUUUCCACACCGGGGUCGGCUCGAUCGGGACACCGUGAAUGUUUAUAAACGAUUUCAGUCAUGGUGACCACCAGGACCGAUAAUGAGAUAAGGAGUCCCGAGUGCGCCAGUCGCGUCCUCCUUGUACACCGACGGACAUGAGUGCCUUCCCAUCAUGCACUGGCGACCAUAUUCCCGGGGAAGGCCUUCAUGUCCGCUACUGUACACCGGCGGACGUGGUGCCACCGAUAUAAGAAAGGGGAAGGCGUUCAUGUCCGCCAGUGUACACCUAGGAUAGGAUAUAGAAGGCUUAGGGAAUUGAUUAAACUUUUCUUUCGUUUCCUCGGUUCCUUUUGGACCUCAACGCCGUCAGUUUUGCGCACGCCAGCCCUUGAGGGGGACCUUGAAGACGCGGCUCUAAGCCAGGGGGAUUUUUUUUUUUUCGUUCUUUUCCAUUCUUUUCCGUUAUCGAGCCAGAUUAGUGCCUUUUCUUUUCUUUCUCACUUUUCCGUUCUUAGGUCGCGGGGGUUCCCCCGGAUGUGGUCGCGCCUGCGUUUCGGGUAGGACUAGGCGUUCUCCGGGACACGCUGGCCCCGGUACCGCCGAAAGGAAUUGUAAGGACGAUCGACCUCGAGCCUUUGACUGUGCAUCGUGUAAUAUUACGUAGCCGGAAGUAAGGCCGAGGGGAGUUUUAACGUAAGUCGCUCUAUCGCGUGUACGUAACCCGCCGUUGCGCGUAAAUUCGCUUCGUAAAUAUCGUCUCUCGUCGUCGGUCGUGCGCGCCGCGCGAACGGGGACCAGUGCUGGGCAGGGUACAGGUGCAAGACUCUUAGGGCGAUGCGAAGGUGCCGUCAGAGAUGUCUCGUUUUCGAUUUUUCUCCGUACUGGGGGUACCGAAUCGUUUCAAACAUACCCACGUGAACGUGGAGGCUAUAAGGAAGGACGCGACAUUCGUGAAAAUCCACUUUUUAACAAUUUCUUUACAGACAUUGUUAAUAUUUGUAUAAAA